AUGUCUACUCAAGAAACAGCCAAAACCUUAUUCCUUAAUGUUGAUGGGAUUGACUUUGCCUAUCGUGUCAUUGGCAAGUCGAACAAUUCUCAGCCUCCACUCCUCAUGCUCAAUCACGUCCGAUCUACCAUUGACACAUGGGACCCUUACCUGAUCAACAAUCUCACUGCAACAGGCCGUCAACUCAUUACCUAUGACUAUGCAGGUCUCGGCCACAGAAAAGGACCCGUCGCAACAAGCAUCAAGGGCUUUGCACUCAAUCUCCUCGCUUUUCUGAACGCUUUGCUUCUUAAGCUCAGCGUUGAAGAAGUCGACGUUUUGGGCUUUUCGAUGGGAGGAUAUAUCGCUCAACAACUUGUCCUUGAUUCUCCUGAUAUUGUUCGGAAGAUGGUACUCGCUGGCACAGGUCCUAGUCUUGGACCUGGUUUAGAGCGUCCUAUGAAUGAGGUCCAGUCUACCGUUUUCAAUCCUACCCCUGGCCCGGCUACAAUCGACGCUUUCUUUCCCCCGUUCACUACAGGAGAUGAAGGGACUGCUUGGCUUAACAGAAGUACUACGUCAAGGGCUGGCGUCGCUGGGAAGAAUGGGGAACCUGAGAUUGCUCUGUUUACUACUGGAAAGCCUCUUCUCAAUCUGACUCAGGCAUACUUGACAUGGGAUGCAGAUCCGCUUCCCUAUGCUCUUCUACAAACCAUUCAGAAGGACACGCUUGUCACUUGUGGUGAUAAUGAUCUUAUCGUCCCCACGCAGAAUUCAUUUGUUCUUGCAAGACAACUAUCCAGAGCCAAUUUUGUUAUGUUUCCGAGUAGCGGCCAUGGGCACUUGUUUCAGUACGCAGGUUACUACGCAGGGCUCGUUGGAGACUUUCUGGAUGGCCAUCUUCCUUCUGCUCCGUUCUCAGCUGGACAGACUCCGAGCCUGGGUUAG